CUGGUUUUCCCUGAUGUCGGCUGUCAGUAUCAUGGCCGGUACUUCACCCGGUCGACAUGGACGAACGCCCACAAGAUUGCGACGGCAGUCCCAAUGUCGAGCAGAUACUAUGGUCACAGCAGGGACUCUGCUUUCGCACUUAACGAUAGAAAACCACCACAGCUCUUUAAGACGGGUUUAAGACAAACAUUUGCGCUCUAAACAAGACGCACAUCGUUCCUCGCAAGUCCAACAUCAGCAGCUGCUUUUUCACUUGCUCUAAGCGCAUUCAUUUGCUCCGGCUGAACCCCACGACAGAUCAGCUGAUCUCGCAAUUACAGCCUGCAAUAUGGCGUCCGGUAAGCGGGUCUUGUGCGCAAUCGAUGGCUCUGAAGGGUCCGAACAAGCGUUCAGAUUUGCGGCUGAGAAGUUGGCAACGGGCCCAGGCGACUCGCUGAUACUGUUUCAGGCGGUCACGGCUUUGGAUGAAUACGAUGACGUCGUGGGUCUGCACAUCUUGACGGAGCAGCAACGAGACAUCAUGCAGAGCCGCCUCAACAGCGAACGCAUCGAGAGCCUGGAGAAGCUCCGAGAGGGCCUGAAGGUUGACAGCGAGAUCGUUGUGAUUCCGGGGGAUCCCCGGACGGUGAUCCCUGAGUACGUCGCGAGUCACCCGGUUGACGUGGUCGUGGUGGGCACUCGGGGGCUCAACAAGUUGCAAACCAUCUUCAUGGGCAGCGUCAGUUCCCACCUAGUUCAGAAUUGCACCGUUCCAGUGGUGAUUGUUCCCCCGAGACCCAAAAAGUAGGUCAGAGGAUGGACACGUUUAUAGAACAUUGGCAACACGUCAUAGGCUAUUGAAGACACGUCAAAAUAUUAAAAAGGCAGGUUCAGUCAUCAAGGGGAAGAAACAGAAGCAAGGCGGCAUUAGGAUACUCAAAUAGAUGAGAGUUCUUAGAGAGGAACGAACCUAGAACUCAGUUGAUUUGUAGGAUUUUAUAACGGUUCAAGGUUCAAGCAUUACCCUGUUCAGACGUUUGAGGAGACGCGUAGGGUCGAGUUACAUGUGUGCUCGAACUGGUUAAGGAGACUGACUCGAAGUGGUGUCAGGAAGAGUUUCCAAGAUGGGUGUCAAAGAGAGUACGUAGAGAUCUUCUUUUCCGGACGAAGAAGAUUACAAGGUCGAAGGGGUUUAAAUCAGCGGGAGAGUAAGCUAAGGGACGACGUCAUCAGGUAACGAAUACGUUAUAAGUUCUAGGAAAAUGGCCAGAACCCGGCCAGAAAGCUUCACAUGUUUCGGAACGUUGACAAACAUAUAGCGGUUCUACCUGUCGUUCAUAAGUCACGCGAAGCUAUUCCAGAGUCGCAUAUACUUCCUUUCAUGGGCGCUGUUUCGGUUGUGACACGGAUUCUCCUUGAAAUCGAACGUCUUCAGGCGACUGCACC